AUGCCAACUAACAAACGGACGGUGUCUGAGGCUGGACUUGAUGCUACCACUUGUACUGUCGCCCAGUCUCCGACUCGAAAACAUCCAGCAAUUUCUCGCGUCGAAUAUGUGGAUCUGUUGACCCAAGGGCCGAGAGUUAAAAUUGAACCUCUCGACUACGAGGACUCUCUCGCGAUGGAGUUCGAUGUGCCCCGCAAGCUUCCGCGUCCGAAAAUUGGGUCAGGCUCUUUGUAUGAUGCAUCGCCUCAUACAUCUACUCCUGUCGAAACUGGGGCACCAUACAUUUCACGCUCAACCACCGGGAACGCUUCUGAGGAGAUCGAAUUCAAAACUCCUGACGCGACCGCUUUUGACGAAGCACCGAACCGUGUGUCCAAACGUACACGACGCGAAAUCACCACCAUAGUCGAGAACAUGGAAAAGAUUUUCCACCAGAGCCGCGAGUCUCGCGCCUCUGCUCAGGGCUUGUCUCGUCGCGUCUUGUAUCGAAGUCCAUCCCGGCCUUCAGAGUAUAUUUACGCGACCAUCCCUUCGGAGCUAUUUCCUGAGUUUGAGGUAGAUCUCCUUGAGCGAUUUUCAUCCAAGGAGUUGCACAUUUCGCGCGAGUUGGUCCGGAUCAGGGCCGAUCUUUAUUAUUCGUCUGAUCCGCUCAAACAUCCUUUCCCGCACAUUCGAAACUUACUCGUCCACAUCGGCUACGCGCUUGAUGUUUCAAAGACGCCGGUGAAAAUGCAUAUCAAUCUUACAUUCCCGCCUUCUGUCGGACCUACUUCUGGCAGCCCAUCUUUCAACUUUCAAUCCCAGUUUCAAUUCGAACUGAUCUACUCACCACUUCCCAUGAUGAAUAACUUUCUCCGCGAGAACUGCUCCCGAAUACUACUUCUACUCCUAUUCACCGUUUUCAACCUCACCUGCACUGCUAUUUUCAUCCAGUACGCGAUCCACCAGUAUGCUACCGAGCUCGACGCCAUGCAGUUUGAUAUUUCGUCUUUCCGCCGCGUCCUCGGGCUCGAUAGCUACGUUCCCCAGAUUAUUUCUGGUGUUGAUCCUGUUCCCCGACGCGUCUUCCAACGGAACUACCACCACUCUGGAACUGCCCGAUCGCGACACGGUCGAUCCGCGUAUUCGCCGAACUACUACGUGCCCAUGCCCGCCUAUGGAGCUCCCGAGGCUCCCCUUACUCUUGGCGGUGCUUCACCUUACAGAUGGGCACUCUUCGCGCUUUUCCUCAUCAUUCUCGUCCCUACUCUCAUCUGCUGCUGCGGCCGCCCUGUAAUCAGCGUCCUCAAGCACGUCAACCGUACUUUCGCCAACCUUGACUUCAACUUCGGCGAGUCUGCCGACUCCUACGAAGAUGGGCCCGAGUACGAGCAGGUCAGAGCGCUUCAGCGACAAAACGAUGCCAAUCGAAAGAUGAUUCGUGCUCGAAAACAACAGGAUCAGCUCAACCGCGAACUCUCUCGACUGCCUCCUACCGCGGUUGUACCUUCUACCGUCGCUACUCCUCCACCGCGCUAUUCCCGUGUUGACGAAGCCGUCCGAGGCGUUGACGCCGCCGCUGCCACGUCCAGAUCUGCGUCUCCAGUACACGUGGCACCUCUGAGCCGCAGCUCAGCUCGAUCCUCGCGCACUACUUCUAGAGCCGCGUCCUUCCGCCCCGCGACUCGGACUUCGUCCAUUGUUUCCAUCGUCGAGCUUCCUGAUGACUACGUCGAGCCUAUCGCCGAUGACAAUUCUGUUUAUGUUCCCCCUGCUGGUAGCUCCUCCGACGCUUGGGUUUAA